AAUACGACAUCAUUGCUGUGGAAGAUAAAUCUAUCCCUCUAUCAAAUGCAUACCCACCAGCAGCUCACCAUACGCCCCGGAUAAUCAUGCACACUGCCAUGACACAAAUCCUCCUCUAUAUAUAUUGGAACAGGCAUCCACCCUCUUUUCUCAAUUCGCAUUCCUUCAUCUUUCCAAUAGCAACUGAUCUUAUCCUCUUUGAGAGCUAAAGGAAAAUGUGCACUAACGGAGUAGACAGGAUCCCUUCUCCUUUCCACCCUUCAAAGAGAAGGCAAAGAUCAAAGAAAUGUAAGGUUCAGGUUAUUGGGCUCACCUGCAGGAGGUCAGGAUAUGAGGGAUGGGAGGAGAAGAACAUGGAGCUAAAGAAUUUGAAGCUGUAUUUAGAGAACCAAAGCAUUGUUGAAGAGAACGAGAAGCUGAGGAAGAAAGCUAGUCUUCUCCACCAAGAAAACCUGGCCUUAAUGUCUGAACUUCAAAAGAAAUUCCCUCAUUUGGAUCGCUUCUCCAACACCCUACUUCUCUUACACAAACACUAGCAAUAUAUAUAUAUAGUGCAGAUUAGAAACUCUCUUUAUAGCCGUCUCUCUAUAGCCUUCCUUUUGUUUCUCCCUUUUCUUCGCUGAAUUAAGUAUGUUAGUAACAAGAUCUAAUGAAUUUUGCUUGGUAGUAUUUGUUAUAAUUAUCAUGGUAAAUUUAUGUAUGCCAGCUAGCAAAAUAAACUAUCA